AUGAGUUCGGCCAAAAAACGUAAAUAUAAUGAUGAUUAUAUUAAAUACGGUUUUGUUGUUAUAAAAAAAGGUGAUAUCGAUCAUCCGCAGUGUGUUAUUUGUUAUGAGGUAUUGAGCAAUGACGCCAUGAGACCCUCUCGUCUGGAACGACAUUUGUCAACAAAACAUAGCAGUUUAAAGGACAAGCCGAAGGAGUUUUUUGCAUCAAAAUCUGCGAGCUUGAAACGUAUGAAAUUGGAUAGUACUGGAUUUUUUGCGAAAUCGUCCGAGAAAGUGCUUCAAGCUUCUUAUGAACUAUCGCUUAUCAACGCAAAGGCAAAGAAAAGUCAUACUAUCGGAGAAUCACUUAUUAAACCUUGCUUGUUAAAAGCAGCUAAUAUCAUUCUGGGACCAGAAAUUAAACAAAAAUUUUCGCAGAUACCCCUCUCUGACAAUACUGUCAAACGUCGCAUUGAUGAUAUGGCUGAAGAUAUAAAAAAACAAGUAGUAGAGGCCGUGAAAGAAUCAACAUUUUAUGCAAUACAGUUGGAUGAGAGUACCGAUAUAGCACAAUGUUGUCAACUUUUAGUUUUCGUUCGAUACAUGCAAAACGAAACAAUAAAAGAGGAAUUGUUGUUUUCUACAGAAUUAACGACUACCACAAAAGCGAUUGAUAUAAUGACAGCAGUUUCUGAUUUUUUUGCGAAACACGAAAUGUCGUGGCAAAAGUUAAUGGGUGUUUGCACAGAUGGUGCACCGACAAUGCUUGGGUCUCGCUCAGGUUUCGUACAAUUGGUGAGAGAAAAAAAUCCUAAUGUUAUUGCUAUUCACUGUUUCAUACACCGUCAAGCCCUGGCGGCCAAGACACUUUCAAAUGAAUUCAACGCUAUUUUAACAUUAUGCAUAAAAAUUAUCAAUUAUGUUAAAAAGAGUGCUUUGAAUACUAGACUUUUUACGGCUCUUUGUGAAGAUUUGGGUACAGAACAUAAGACUCUGUUAUUUCAUACUGAGGUGCGCUGGCUCUCAAAAGGAAAUAUGCUGACUAGGUUAUAUGAGCUUCGAGAUGAAGUUAUUCAGUUAUUGGAUAAUCAAAAACAAAGUGAAUUAUUUGUAGAAUUCAGAAAGCCAAAAGUUCAAGUGGUAUUUGCUUAUUUAACGGAUAUGUUCGAUUCAUUAAACUCAUUAAACUUAAAACUGCAAGGAGGAGAUUCAAAUAUAAUUAAUCACCGAGAUGCUAUCACAGUGUUUACUGAGAAGUUGCUAUUGUGGAAACGUAAGAUUUUAGCAGACAAUUAUUCGUGCUUUCCUAAAUUAUAUGCAAUCACAGAAGACAAAUGUUUUAUGGAGUUUUUUUGCGAAUCCGACACUAAGACCGAAAUAUCCAACCACUUGCAGCACCUCAGUGAUGAAUUCAAGCGCUACUUCCCAAACUUGUGUGAUGACAAUAUUUAUCGAUUGGCGACGGAUCCUUUUCACGUUGACAUAGACGUGCUGCCAGAGCUACUUCAAGAACAAGCUUUAGAAAUAAAAAAUGAUUCAGCUGCCAAAUAUGAUUUUGAGAAGAUGGAUAAGCCAUUAUUUUGGGUAAAAUAUCUCAAAGUUUAUCCCAAUAUAGCAGAAGAAUCACUGAAACUUUUUUUACCAUUUUCGAGUACUUAUUUAUGCGAAAAGGCAUUUUCAGCAGUAGUGGUCAUAAAAACCAAAUACAGAAACAAACUCGAUAUCACUAGUGAUCUACGUUGUGCUCUUUCUUCUAUUCAACCCAGAAUUGAAAACAUUGUUAAAAAUAUGCAAGCCCAUCCAUCUCACUGA